AUGCGUCGGCCAUUCAAGAUGAGGUCGUCAACGCUUCUGGCCGUCAUAGGCUGUCUCUGUGUCACUCUGGUUCUAGCGGACGACUCGAUCACCAUUCGACAGAAGCGAAGUCCAGCUCCGUUCUUCUUCAACAAGGGUCACGACCACCACGAACCAAAGUGCGUCUGGGAGAAAAAGUUGGCCUGGAAGGAGGACUGGAAGAAAAUCUGGGAAUCAAAAAAAGUCGAAGUGUGGAAGUCCGAGUGGAAAAAACAUCAAAUCCCAGUUUGGAAAACGGUGGAAGUCCCUAUCUGGCGCGAGGUGAAAGUGCCCGAUUGGAAGAUCAUCAAAAAACCCUACUGGAAGGAAACGGAACUACCCGCGUGGAAAGAAGUUCAGGUACCGGACUGGAAAAAAAUCAACAAGCCCGUUUGGCGUGAGAUUCAGGUCCCCGUGUGGAAGGAAGUGCAGGUCCCGGAGUGGAAGCAAAUUUGGGUCCCAGACACGGUCAAGGUCGGCAUUCCGGGCGAAAAGUAUCUCGGCAAGGACGAACACGGUUGGGAGUACACCAGUCACGAUUUGUGGAAAAAGAAAAUGGUUUGGAAGGCCCUGUGGAAAAAAGUGUGGAAAACCGUGAAAAAGGAAGAGUGGAAAACGGAGAAAAAGCUCGAAUGGAAGGAAGAAUGGGUGCAGGUGUGGCGCACGGAAAAGAAGCAGAUCUGGGUGAAGAAGAAGGAGGAACUUUGGAAGGAAGAGAAGAUUGAGAUCUGGCGCAUCGAAAAGAAACAGGAGUGGGCGACUGAGAAAAAGUUAGAAUGGAAGGAAGAAUGGAAAGAAAUCAAGGUCCCCGCGUGGAAGGAAGUGCAGGUCCCCGCGUGGAAAAAGGUGUGGAAACCCGUGUGGGAGAAAGCUUGCGUACCAGUCAGCCACGGAUGGCAUUAG